CCAACUUGAAAUUGGGUCCCAAAUCCUAGGGGCCGAACGCGGAGUAAAAGUGGUCAAGUUCUAGAAACGUACGGUAGUGUUGCGGCUGUGUGGCCUAUAUGAAGGACUAACACCAAACUAUUAAGGAACCAGUUGGGUCCUCUCUUCUACUACUACUACUCCUACCAACUUUGCUCCUUGUAUUGUACUUGCACCAGAAGAAGGCGUGCAAGCCUAGGAGAAAGACAAGUACAGGUUCCUCAGUUGUGACCUAGUAAACCUUUUUUGGAGUUCUCAAACGUGGUGCAGUUUUGGCACUCCCAGUCGGAAACCAUCUCUUUCUAACGGUUCUCUUGCUAAAAAAAUUAAUGGACAAAUCUUUUCUCCCCCCAAAUCUGUGAGAACCAUCCAGCAAGCUUGACCCCGUUAUCAUCAGCUUGCUGCUACUGAGUUAUGAAAACAACUGGGUGAAGCAAAAAGGUGAAGAAAAUGCAGGGGCCGCUUAUUUAAGGGAAGCAAAAAAUAGUAGAAUUGAACCAAGUCAUAGAGAAAGACUUUCGUACUAAGGGAGAAAGGGGGAAGAAAUUUGGUGGAAGACAACGUACUUUGUCCAGAGAGGAGAGAUGGUUCACCAGAAUGAAGCAUGUGAAAUGUGCACGCGCACGUGCGUGUUGAUACAUGGACAAAGGGAUCCCUCACCAAUUGUUUGCUCUUUCUUCAAAGUCAUGAUCGACAAGCGCUUCUCCAAAGUUCUGUACUUUCCCCCUGGAUUUGCUCGAUUGGUAUCUCACUUGACUAAUGAAGAAACUUAUCUGGAGGACUCAAGCGGACGGCGAUGGAAGGUGGGAAUAUGUAAUCAUAAUGGUUCGCUUGCAAUUCGAGAAGGAUGGCAUAAAUUUUCAUCAGAACAUGGUCUGAAAAUGGGAGACUUCUUGGUUUUCCACUACAUUCAGGGUCAGCACUUUGUUGUUCAAAUAUUUGGAUCAAGUGGUUGUCUAAAGAUCAACUUUUACAAUGGCACCCGUACAGGGAAGAAAAGACCGAGAACUAAUUGUACAGAAACUUCCCAAUGUAAAACUGACAUAAAUUUGAGGAAAAAAUGGAAUUCAGCACCCUCAGUUACUGCUGUACCAGAGUCUGAAAGGGCAACUUUUGAUGCUGACACUGGAGAGCGACAAAUAGUUCCCCAAGAAGAAGGAACCAGCGAUGUUCCACAAGGUGAAAAUGGACCUCGCAAUCACACCGAUUCGGUAUCACAAAGGGAAUCAAGUUCAGUAGAUGCCCCUCCUGUUGAGAUGGAGUUUGCACCCUUCCUUGACGCACAAAUCACUCAGACUGAAAAAAUUUCUGAACCAGUAAACGAUAUUUCACUUUUGGGCCAAACAGAUGAAAAUGGCCAUCAUAUGGGUCUUAUCUCUAGCACAUCUCUGAAAUCAGCUGAAAAUGGUGGCAAGGGUAAGGAAACAAGAGUAGAUAAGCGAGAACUGAGAGAGGUGGCAGUGAAAGCAUGUUGUCCUCCUAAAAAGUUAAAUGGAAAAGAGCCAAAAAGAACAAAGAAGGAUGGUCAACGUUAUCCUGAGGCUGUAAGUGGUAAUAACAAAGUUAUAAAAAGUGAGCCUGCUGAUUCAGGUGACACAUCAUUUCCUGAUGCUGGCAGCUUCUCAUGUUUGCUGCAGGUGGAUGAUCGAAAUUUUCUGGAAUUACCACAAAGCUGGCCACAAGUUUUGGCGAGCAGGAAAAAGAUGGGAAGGAUUACUAUUUAUCUCAAAGGACCGGAUGAUAGACCCUGGCCUGUCAUGUAUCAUGAGAAUUUCGGUUCUAAGGUUUUGGCCAGAAACUGGGCAUUAUUUACUGCAUUUUAUGGGCUUAAGCCUGGAGAUGAAUGUGUAUUCCAACUUUCAAAUCAGUCAAAACGUAUGUUUAAUGUACACAGAGCCCACUAGGAAGAUGUCACUCAAAACUACUUUGGGUUGAAUAUUGUGAGCAGUUGUGAGAACAAUGUAAUGGGAGCUAUGGCAUAUACUCACUUGAUUUCAGCAAAUCUGUAGUGGAUUUUGGAUUUAAUCUUAUUCUUUAUCUGUGAAUGUUAUGCUGAUACUUUCAUUAA